GCAACACUUUCCGUCUAACCGAGAGAGCAGCAAUUGAUUAAUAGCUCGGCGAGGGGACACACUGACUGUUAUAAUAACACUACACCAGCAACUCCUGGCUUCCCAGCUGGAACAAGGAGAGAUGUGGAGGGCAAAAGGAGAUACCAGCCUAGGCUCAGUCCAAUCCCUCUCCAAAACGGCUUCUCUGACACUCCAGCUGCCUGACAACAUCUACCCGGUGGAGGACCUCGCCGCCACGUCGGUGACCAUCUUCCCCAAUGCCGAACUGGGAGGCCCCUUUGACCAGAUGAACGGAGUGGCCGGAGAUGGCAUGAUCAACAUUGACAUGACUGGAGAGAAGAGGUCCUUGGAUCUCCCAUAUCCCAGCAGCUUUGCUCCUGUCUCUGCACCCCGAAACCAGACCUUCACUUACAUGGGCAAGUUCUCCAUUGACCCCCAGUACGCUGGUGCCAGCUGCUACCCAGAAGGCAUCAUCAAUAUUGUGAGUGCAGGCAUCCUGCAAGGGGUCACUUCCCCAGCUUCGACCACAGCCUCAUCCAGCGUCACCUCUGCCUCCCCCAACCCACUGGCGACAGGACCCCUGGGUGUGUGCACCAUGUCCCAGACCCAGCCUGACCUGGACCACCUCUACUCUCCACCACCGCCACCUCCUUAUUCUGGCUGUGCAGGAGACCUCUACCAGGACCCCUCGGCGUUCCUGUCUGCAGCCACCACCUCCACCUCCUCCUCUUUGGCCUACCCACCACCUCCUUCCUACCCGUCCCCCAAGCCAGCGACGGACCCAGGUCUCUUCCCCAUGAUACCAGACUACCCUGGAUUUUUCCCAUCACAGUGCCAGAGAGACCUACAUGGUACGCCUGGCCCCGACCGCAAGCCCUUCCCAUGCCCCCUGGACUCCCUGCGAGUCCCCCCUCCACUCACUCCACUCUCCACCAUCCGCAACUUUACCCUGGGGGGCCCCAGUGCUGGGGCUACAGGGCCAGGGACCAGUGGAUGCAGCGAGGGACCCCGCCUGCCUGGCAGCAGCUCAGCAGCAGCUGCUGCUGCUGCCUAUAACCCCCACCACCUGCCACUGCGGCCCAUUCUGAGGCCUCGCAAGUACCCCAACAGGCCUAGCAAGACACCUGUGCACGAGAGGCCCUACCCGUGCCCAGCAGAAGGCUGUGACCGGCGCUUUUCUCGCUCUGACGAACUGACACGGCACAUCCGAAUCCACACGGGGCACAAGCCCUUCCAGUGUCGGAUUUGUAUGCGCAACUUCAGCCGCAGUGACCACCUCACUACCCACAUCCGCACCCACACUGGCGAGAAGCCCUUUGCCUGUGACUACUGCGGCCGCAAGUUUGCCCGGAGUGAUGAGAGGAAGCGCCACACCAAGAUCCACCUGAGACAGAAGGAGCGCAAAAGCAGUGCCCCCUCUUCUUCUGUGCCAGCAGCCUCUACAGCCUCGUGCACAGGGGGCGCGCAGCCUGGGAUGCCCCUGUGCGGCAGCAACAGCAGCACUAUUGGUGGAGGAUCCCUAGCCCCUUGCUCCUCUAGGACCCGGACACCUUGAGAUUAGACUCAGGCUGACACAUCAGCUCCUGGAGGAGGCCCUUUGUCCACUGGAGCUGCACAACAAACACUACCACCCUAUCCUGCCCCUCUCUCCAUUGGGCAUAGGUGGUGGAGCCCAGCACUGCCCCUCUUUCCAUUUAGAAGCAGGUCCUUCCUGUUAGCCCACCUUAGUCUCUCUGGUGAGUUGACUGUCACACCAGGGUCAUGGGGAGAUUCGGAAGGGGGUUGUUGGGUGGGGGUCCCUGGCCUAGAGGGCUGAGGCCUGACCCUGCUUUAAAAGGUUGUUUGACUAGGUUUUGCUCCCCACCCCCCUUACUCUGACCAAUUAUAAGUUUUUGACUCUGAAUGUCAAGAGUUGAUCUGAGACUUUUUCUACAGUAGGUUGGGAGAUGCUGAUUGACCCCUCCAGGUGGGGACAGCAAAGACAGAAGCAAAACUGAUGUGCACUUUAUGGCUUGGGGCUGAUUUGGGGGACGCUGUACAGUGAGCGAAGCAUGCUGCAUUAUGUGGCCCUAGAACAGUGAUUCAAAGCUUAUCUAUUCGUCUCAACCCUUUAAGCAAUAUGUAUUAUAAACUCAGAGAAUAGAAGUGCAAUGUGAUGGGAGGGACAUAGGAAUAUCUGCUCCUUUUUGAGUUGUUUGAGAAACGUAAAGACUAUUUUUGCAGUGUAUAUCCACUCAGAUUUUGUGUAUUUUUGAUGUGCACUGUUCUCCAAGUUCUGAACCUUUGGGAAAAAAAAAAGUAAAGCAUUUAUGAUCUCUUGACAUGAGUCAGAGGUUAACUUAUUUAAAAGGGGAUGUACAUAUAUUCUCUGAAACUAGGAUGCAUGCAAUUGUGUUGGAAGUGUCCUUGGUGCCUUGUGAUGUAGACAAUGUUACAGGGUCUGCAUGUAAAUGGGUUGCCUUACUAUGGAAAAAAAAAAAUCAUCACUCCCUUGGUUUAGUAUGGCUGUAUAUUUCUGCCUAUUAAUAUUUGGAAUUUUUUUUAGAAAGUAUAUUUUUGUAUGCUCUGUUUUGUGACUUAAGUGUUAUCUUUGUAGUCAAAUUGCAGAUAAGAAUGUAAAUAAUGUUACUGGAGCUGACUUGUUUGGUUAUUAGCUCUUAAUAGUUGUGGAAAUACAAAUGAUUUAUUCUAACACAAAACCACUAACUGAAGUUUAGAUAAUUGAUGGUUUAUGACUAUAGUGUAAAUAAAUACUUUCCAACAAUA